AUGGACGUGAAACAGAAACCUCAGUCGUUGCGACCAGUCGCAUUCGCAGCGACUGUAUUUAGCACAGUCGCCAUCACAGCGUGCUUAAUCACGUUCCCACUGAUUUUGCAUUACAUUCAAACCUUGGAAAGUCAUGUUCAGCUUGAUCUGGACUUUUGUAAAGUAAGUUUUUGCUGUAUUUUCGGCUGUAAAGAAAAUUGUUGCAAUUUUAUUGUUUGUAAAGAAAGUUUUUGCAAUUUUAUUGAUUGUAAAGAAAGUUUUUGCCGUUUUAUGGCUUUUAAGGGAAGUUUUUGUCAUAUUUUUACACAACUAAUAUAAAAUAUUAAUACUCCGUAUUUUACCUUUAUAUUCCAGUCCCGAUCUCGCGACAUGUGGAAAGAAAUGUUCGAAAUUCGUACUGGUAACACCAAAGACUCUGGUCGCCUCGCUAGACUAGUACUGAACCAAAAACGACUCCAGAAGCGUGACACGAUCGCCGACUUCUGGAACCGUCGCCUUCAUGACAUGCAGCUACGCGACGAACCAGUAGAACAACCCCAACGUGACUACGCCCAUGCCCCCACCCCCAACACUUAUGAACAGCCAGAGUCAACUUAUGCACCAACCCCAGCCCCCACCACGUCUCGGCCAUACGACCAAUUCGUUGAAACUCCAUCGACCGGUUGUUGUACCUGCCAACGCGGACGUCCUGGACCCCCAGGACCAGCUGGCCGUGACGGAAUCCCAGGUCUGGACGGAGAACCAGGACCACUGGGUCCACCCGGACCUCCAGCACCACCAGGUCCAGACCCACUUUCUCUGUUCCCACCUCAAUGUCCAUGUGAAGCACCACAAGGAGACAUCGGACCAAAAGGACCACCAGGCCCGGACGGACCACCAGGCCCACCGGGACCAAACGGCGAAGACGGAAAACCCGGAGAACAAGGACCACGCGGACCACCUGGAUUGCCAGGCCAACCCGGUCAGUCCGGUCGACCUGGACCACCCGGAGAACCUGGAGUGUACCGAACAGAGAUUGGUCCACCUGGUCGUCCUGGAGUUUCUGGUCGUCCUGGAGCCCCUGGACAACCCGGUCCACCUGGAAAGCCUGGUCCUGAUGGUCCAAGUGGCAAACAAGGCCCGCCCGGACCACCUGGCCCACCCGGUCAGCCUGGUCCCAAUGGUCAGCCUGGAAGCCCUGGACGUCCUGGAGAUGUUGGUAGGUAUUUUCGAAAUUUAAAAAAAUUUUUUGUAGUCAACGUAUUGUAUAAGUUGAUUAAUAAAUAUUGUUUUAGGUGCUCCCGGAACCUGCGACCACUGUCCACCAGCUCGUCUAGCUCCAGGAUAUUAA